AUGAAGACUAAGGAUGCGGAUUUUGUGGGUGAUACGCGAUGGGGUGAAGCUCCACCAGCCAAGGAGCAGGCAGCUGUUAUACCAGCCAAGGAGAAGACACCAGUGCAAGAGAAGAAGGUUUUGAGUUCGGCGCCGACGGCGCUGCAGACGGCGAUCGCACCGGUCGACCAACCGCAGUCACCAACAGCUAAGCAGUCGCAGUUGACACCAAAAGAACCCCAGCAGCCAACGACCGAGACUCGGCCAUCGACACCCUCUGGGCAGCCCGGAGCAGCCUUGGGGGGACCAGCCGGUCAGGCCCCUAAGCGGACUUCUCCAAAGUCAACAACACUUCCGUCUGCGCCUGUGCAGAAGGCGCGCUCCGACCGGCCGCCGCGGUACUCUCCGGAUCUGCUAGGGUCUUCGCCUUCGCCUCCGUCUACGCCUGCGUCUCCCGCGGGUUCCGGCCUUGAUGAGAGCGUCACGCGACAGUCACACCAGCGGCGGAAAUCGCCAGAUUUGCCAGUAUUGGCGCCUGCGCCUUCCCCGACUUCCGGUUUUGGGAAGUAUUCAGUGCCAGAUCUCUUUCAAGAUGAAGAUCCCUCCUUUGACCUUCCAGCAUCAGGAACGUCCUCGCCUGCAUCUUCCUCGUUUCCCCCGUCUUCCGGCAGUGUUGAGACCCCUACACGAAAGCCAGCAGGCGAUCAGACCGGGAAGCCACCACCACCAAAGAUGCCUAAGCUCACGCUCAAGGGUCCUAAAUCUAAGGAUAAGACCGAGCACCCUUCUCUCCCCUUACCCGCCACCUUUGAUGGUCCUCUCCGCGAUUUCUACUCACGGUUGGUUACCAUGAAAGUCGACCCAGUGAACAAGGCGCACAACUUCCAUUUAGAAGAUUGGUAUCGCGUCUACACGGUGCUUCGUUGGUAUUGGCGGAAGCAGACAACGGCGCGAAAGACCGAGCAAAGCGAGGGGACAUCUAAGGCACAAGGCAAUGCUGCGCAGGGAGUCGACUACUACGAUCCGCAAGACUCGCGCGCAGGGACUGACGAUGGGGCGGUGUUAUCUCUGGACAAGAUCAAGAACAUCUGGACGCUGGAAGACGCAGGAAUGGAUGACGACACUAUCGAAUUCGCAUUCCCUGAACACAUUGCUAUCGACCCUGCCGGCGACGUCACCAAGGAGCAAUUCCUUGAUCACUGUGGAACUUUCACAGUCCUACCGGAUUUGUGGGGUGUCUGCCUCAGGUCCGGCUUAGCUUGA